UUAUGCCACGUAGAUUUCCAUUGUUAUUUGCUAGUUAUCCAAAUCUGUCUGCCAAAUUUGGGAUCAGCACCUCCAUUUUCCACUCUAUAUCCAGAUGGAAUCGAGAGAUGAAGUCGCCGAGAUCGACCGGCUAGAAAGGGGUUUGCUAGUGAACCACGUCUCAGAUGAAGGAUACGAAUCCUCCGCCGAUGACGAGGAGGAGGACGAAGACAAUGAGCCGGCCGUCUACACGGCGUCGUUUAAGGAAGCGGAGGAGAAUUUCGUCAAGUAUCAGACAGCUCAGUGGGUGUUAUAUUCGUUACUUCUGAUAUUGGCUUGGGGUAUAGGGCUUUUCAUGCUGCUUUAUUUGCCUUUUCGGAGGUACAUUUCGCGGAAAGAUAUUCGGUCCAGGAGGCUCUUUCUCACUUCCAAUGCCAUUGUUUUCAAAGUAACAAGACAAGUUCCAUUUCCGUGUUUCGGGGUUCUGAAAAGGGAGAAAUAUGUUUUAUUGCAUUCAGUUGCUGACAUUGUUGUUGAACAAGGGUAUCUGCAGUCCUUGUUUGGGGUUUAUUCUAUCAGAAUUGAAAAUGUUGGUGUAAGAAGGCCCCCGAACGACGAUCUUAAAAUCCAUGGGGUUGCAAAUCCUUGUGCUUUUAAGAAGGCUGUUAUGAUGCAACUAUCCAAAACUAAAAGCAAGGCAUUCUCUAGGCAGGUUUCGAAUGCUGCUUUGAUGUCCCCAUCGAAAUCAAGGAGGCAUGAUAAUUUGUCUCGUGCUGGGGAGCUUGCAAUUUUACAGAAACUUGAAGAAGUGGGUGGUUCUGUCAAGAGAGUUCAAAAUUUGAUCGAAGACCAACGCGUUCAAAGGUUGGAUGCUACUAAUUGAGGUCAGCCAACUACGUGCAAAAAGUUGUGUGCUUGGCUCAUGUUGGUUUUAUUGAACACUUCUAAUUCCCUAUAUCUUGGUCCUGUUGCAUUCGUGGAAAGACCAAAAGGCACCCAGAUUCACCAUGCAACUUGAGGUUUUUUUUUAUCCCACCGUGAGCCAUAGCCAUAUCAAGUUGGCUUUAGUAACAGAGCAAAGUUUAUUCUAAGCACAUCCGAAGUUAGCUUAAAAAAUGUGUUUCCUUUGGAUUUCAUGGACAAAUUAUGUUCUUUAGGGAGAACUUAAAAAUUUUCUUGGGUAUCAUGUUAUUGGCUUUUACAACGUGAAAUUUGGAAUGUAUAUAUCUUUUUGUUUUAAUAUCA